GCCAACGGUUCAGCUACGUGAUGUUGCCGGACGUGGUGUUCAAACGGCCGUUCAUCAUCAGUGAAUUAACCUGCAUCAUCAUCACCAGGCCGUCUUUUGUGUAGCAUCCCGCACCCAUUUGAAUAUAACCUCUUUAAUUUACAGCGACAGAGUUAACCGACAUGUGACUAGAAUUGUUGUGCACACACACAGCCCGUGUAGAAGGAAGAGAAAAAGAGGAGCUAACCCAACGCGGUAGGUAAACGGUCACAGCUCGUCUCUUGUCCUCCCAGUCAUCACUACUCUGUUGCCGCUAUGGCCGGAUCUCUGCUCCCGCUGCUCGCCGUCCUGCUGUCAGCCUGGCCGGCCGUUGGAGAUCCGGAGGGACCCGCUCAUGUCGAUGGAGCUCCGCCUUCUAAAAUAGCGGUGGUUGGCGCAGGGAUAGGAGGCAGUGCUACGGCCCACUUCCUGCGGCAGCACUUUGGGCCCGAGGUGCAGGUGGACGUGUUUGAAAAGGGCGAGGUAGGGGGUCGUCUCGCCACCGUAACAGUCAAUCACAAUGACUACGAGUCUGGAGGUUCCAUCAUUCACUCCCUCAACCUCCACAUGCAGGAUUUUGUCAAACAGCUCGGUUUGAAGUAUCGUCGCAGCGUGGCAGGAAAGACAGCUGUGUUCAAUGGCAAGGAGAUGAUUCUGGAGGAGACAGACUGGUACCUGCUGGACCUGUUCCGGCUGUGGUGGCGCUACGGCAUCAGCUUCAUACGUCUGCAGAUGUGGGUGGAAGAAAUUAUGGAGAAAUUCAUGAGGAUCUACAAGUACCAGGCCCACGGUUACGCCUUCAGCUCGGUGGAGGAGCUGCUGGACUCUCUCGGGGGGAGUGGCUUCAUCAACAUGACGCGGAGGCCGCUCUCCGAGUCGCUGCUGGAGCUGGGUGUGUCACAGCGCUUCAUCGAUGAGGUCAUCGCACCCGUCAUGAGGGUCAACUACGGACAGAAUGUCAGCAUCCCUGCCUUCAUAGGCGCGGUGUCUUUAGCCGGUGCCCAGAACAACCUGUGGGCGGUGGAAGGAGGCAACAAGCUGGUGUGUUCUGGCCUGCUGAAGAUAGCCAACGCUAACCUGCUGCAAGCACAAGUCAACGCCAUCUCCCCCAUCCAGUUAGGGGAGACACUCCAGUACCAGCUGAGCUUCACCACAGCAGCAGGGACAGGAUCAGAGCUAUAUGACAUUGUAGUGUUGGCAACUCCGCUCCAGCCCAGUGUCGGGUCUGGAGUCCAGUUCCAGGGUUUCACGCCUCCCUUUGACGAGCUCCCCGGCAACUAUCACAACACUGUAGCAACCAUUGUCCAUGGUUACCUCAACACCUCUUUCUUCGGGUUCCCGGACCCUCGCCUGUUCCCCUUUGCCAGCAUCUUGACAACUGAGUCACCUGAUCUGUUCUUCAACAGCGUGGCCAGCGUUUGUCCUGUCAACAUCUCGGCGGGGUUCCGGCGUAAGCAGCCGCAAGAGGCUGGUGUCUAUAAAGUGUUCUCACCACAGCCUCUGGACAAGUCUCAGCUCAAAAUGCUCUUCAGGUCGUACUACUCGGUGCAGGUGACAGAGUGGCAGCCCUACUCUCAUUACGGCAGCAGCCAGGGUCUGCCGCCUGUGGAGCUCCACCCCAGUCUCUACUACCUGAAUGGUAUCGAGUGGGCCGGCAGCGCCAUGGAGAUGAGCUCUGUGGCCGCCAAGAACAUUGCCCUGCUGGCUUAUCACCGCUGGAACAGACAGACAGACAUGGUGGACCAGAGAGAUCUGAUGCACAGGAUCAAGACCGAAUUAUGACCAAGACAUGCUUCAGCAAAGACACAUGGUUUCUGGGUAACUGUACCUCUUACAGCAUUACAAAGUAGAGGUUUUCACGGGUCCAAUCAGUGCUGAAGAACUGAGAUCAAACACAGGACCCAUGUCGGACCCUAAAUUCCAAAUUCUGCUUUGUCUAAUCAGGUCAGAUAGUGUCUCACUUUAUUGCUGCAGGUCCCAGGUCUUUCUGUCAAUAUGUCCAGUAUCCGAGUGGAUCUGAAUGGACCUGAGUGCAUGUGGUAUCACUUCACAUGCACUGCAGGAGAAGGCAAGAAGGAGUCAAUUCACUGGUGAUCCUCAUACUUAAUCCAUGUCAUAUACUGUAUCAUUCAAAGACCCUUUGUUCAGAUUUUUUCUUUGAAAUGGAAAUAAACCAUAUUAGACAAGGAUUCAGUGCAUCUGGCAGCUGUGGUCUGAGGAAGGAACUGGAGCCAAGAUUAUUUUGAGAGAAUUGGAAGUUUGCGUGAUUAAUGCUGUGAAAUGACAUGUUUUUCAAAAUACUGGACCCGUGAAGAUCUCUAUCACAAAGCUGCACACAUUCUAAGUCUUAACUACGCAUCAAGUAUAUCUCCUGCUGAAUUUUUGAGGCAGAAAAUGUCUGUUUUGGGGUACUAACAAAACUGUGAUAAGUCUCUAGUGGCAAGGUGUAUUCAGACACACAUCCAAGUUAAUAUAUUACUUUUGCUACAUACAUCUCAUACACCAAAUCACUUAUAAAUAAGUUGUUCAAUACAAACAGAAAAACAAGCUCAGUAUCAAAGUCAAAUCAGGAACAGGUGCUGUGUUACUGUCCAGAGAGAUAUACAUGAGCCAUGUUGCAGUAUUGGUUGGGGAUUGAUUGCUAAUACUAAUUGGUGGUUUCAUCCAAAAAUUCAGCCACAGGCAGCUUUUCUUUGCCAAGAAAUUCUGAAACCAAGCAACUGUGGAAAAUACCAGCUGAUGUUUAUCUCGAAUGGAAUGUAGGGAGACAGUUUUCUUGAGUUGCUGGCGCUCUGUGUAAAUAAAUAUUCCUGAAAACACUUUGACACUCGUGAGUUCAAGAUUGAGAGCACGAGUGAGAAGCUUUUAAAUGGCUGCUUUUUGUCUCUGCUGUAGCAGCUGUGAGGCAUGAGACAGACACUGAUUUAACUUCACCUUGAGGCACAUAAACCAGCACCGUGACGUCUGGUCAAAAACAACUGCAGCACUGCUAUUACUGUCUGCAAAUUUAAGGACUGUUAAUGGACUUGCUGUUGGCACUAAGUAGAUCUCAUUAAAGUAAUUUCAGUAGGAUUUUUGUAAAUUAAUAAAAUCAUUAUUCAGUGACUCAUGCUAGUGGCCACUGGUGCUAUGCUCUGUUGCCCCUUUCAUCAGACUAUUUCAUUAUCUCCCCUUCCUGCUGAUUUUGUUGCAUAAUCCGGUGGAAACAUUUUUUUUUUUUUUUUUGCGGGGAAUGGAGCCAACAAGCUUUUACACUGGAGCAAAUAAAAGCAGAGGACAGAUCAGUGGAUCUGCUGGCGGUGAUGAUAACAGUUUUCACCUUUUCUCUCAAGCCCUAAAGCCUUGUCAAGAUCCUUCUUUUUUUAUUUUAAUAAGUAUCGUAAUCUUGGAAAAACACAUGUGAAGAUAGAGUUGGACAUUCAACUUAAAGUGCUUAAAAAAGAUGUAGGGAUAUGAUAAGAAACCAGUGACUGUUGUUUAUCUUAAUAAGACUUUGAGAAAUGCCUUCUUUUAUUCGUUUUUAAUUUAUAAGAGUGGAUUUGAAUUUAAGUGGAUUUCUGGACUCUUCACUUAACUGUUGACAACUAAAAACCUUGUGACUCCGAAGGACUUCAGUUGAUGGAUAAUGUGGUUGUGACAUGUGAUGAGAAAACGACGCAACCCUUUAAUCUGAUGAAAUUGUUUCCAAAACCUCAUGAUGGUAUCGGAAACGAUGGUGGUCGAGCUGAAAUGAAGGCGGUUUAUCUUCUCGUUCUGAACAGGUGACUUUUCUGAAAUUCAAGGUUUUCACUCAGAGGCAACUUCUGUACGUAAAGUAGCCAGAUAUUUGUAGCAAUAGUAUCUAAUAUGAUAUGAUGUAAAACAAAUACACAAUACAAAUAUACACAGUAAGAAUUACGAUGCCAUCUUAUGGAUACACAAAACAAUUCAAAUUCAAGGUCCACUUACUGGUUGUAACUUUCAGCUAUAUCACACUGUCUUCAUCAUCAGAAAAUGUUCUCUCAGUUGUCAUGACGAUUGAUCUGUUGAUUUCAUCCACAGCACUGUUAGUACUUCUCAUAUGUGGUUGGCUUCAAAGUCAAGCAUGAUGAAAACAGUGUGACACAGUUGAAAGCUCCUGAAAACCUAGUAGGCACAUGUACAGUUGGGAUUGGUUUGUUAAACUACUAUUACCAGGGUCAGAGUGAACUUUCAUGCUCAGUGUUGUGGAUUUUUUUUACAUAGCAUGUAAAAAUACAGGAUUAAAGACAAUUAAAACUGUUUAGCUUGAGUAAAAUAAAGGUACAGUCCAUAUAUUUUCAGGAGUGUUGGGCAGUACCACAAUGUAAAAGUACUUAAUUACAAGCUAAAAUCCUCUAGUUAAAAUCUUAAUUUAUUAGCAAAAUGUACUUAAAGUAUCAAAGUAAAAGUACUAGUUCUGCAGUAAUGUCCCCUGCGACUGUGUCACAUGAUAAACCUGAGGCGUUGCGAAAUGCCUCAAACUGAAGAGUUGAACUGCUAACAACUCACAGACAACUGAAACUGGCACCACUGGAUUAAUUAAUUAUUUUCUUGACUGGUUAAAUCUGCAGAUUAUUUUCCUGAUUAUCAAAAAGUUGGAAAAUUGUGAAAAAUGUUCAGAGUCCAGGGUGUCAUCUUCAGAUGUCUUGUUUUGUCCUACCAACACUCCAAAAGAUAUUUGAGAAAAGAGAAGCUGAAACCAUCACAUUUCUGUUUUUUUUUUACUUGAAAAAAUACAUAAACAAUGAAUCAUUUUAAGACAAAAUUGCCAAUUAUUCUUCUGUCAGUUGACUAAUGAAGCAAUCAACUAAUUGUCACAGCUCAAGAUACAAAGUAACAAGUAACUGCAGCUGUCAGAGAGAUGUGUUGGAGUAAAGGCACAGUAUUUCUCUAAAGUUUGGUGGAGUAGAUGUAUAAAGUAACAUUGAAGUGCAGUACUGGAGUAAAUGUACUGAGUUACUUUCCACCUCUGCUGUCAGCUACAUGAACCUUGACUCUGCAGUUGUAUGGAAAAGGCUGUGCUUUGUGUUAUUUAACACCAUCUUCAGAUUUCUGAGAAAGGAGAUUUUCCUGACUGUUACUUUAACACCGCUGACGAUGCAGAACAUAAGGAUAAAUUUUAGGUGCUUGAAUUAUUCAUUGCUGUUUCUGUUAAGUAACAGGUGUACAGUAUUUUGUGAAACUACAGACUCCUGGAGUGAGCGUGUUCAUUCUUGACCUUAGAAACAGUAGUUUGACCAAUCAUCUUAACUCAAGGUCCACUUACUGGCUUUAUGCAGGGCUUUCAGCUGCAUAUCUGUCUGUUAUUUUGUCAAACAGAUUCUUUGUAACUGCUCAUCUCUAACCACUGCUGCUCUACAGACGAUUUUUGUGCUAAAGUACAGCAUGUAGUAAAAUAUUUCACUUCUCUGAGGAAGGUAAUAAUGCAACUGUUUAUACUGAUUGAUGUGUAUUAUUCUGAAAAUAAAACAAUUUAACGGUU